AUGGACGGCGUUGAACACGACAAGGAAAUUCUGCAGUGGGACGAGAACGACGUGCAGGCAUGGCUCAAGUCCAUCGGGUUUCCCCAGUAUGAGCAGCAGAUCAGAGACAACAAUAUCACUGGGGAUGUGCUGGUCAUGCUCAAUGCCGAGAGCUUGAAGGAGUUCGGCGUGGCCACCAUCGGCCAGCGAGUCGCGAUACUGAAGGCUGUAUACCAGCUCAAGAUCGCGCAGAACGUCCCCAUAGAGCCGGAUGAUUAUGUGCCACCAUCCGAGGCCGCGGAACGAGGGGAGGUCACGCUGGAGAAGUUGCAGAGGAUCAUCAAGGAGCAAGGGGAGAAGCUGGAAAGGCUACAGGAAGAGAACAAGGCGGUUCGGGAAGAGCUACACUCAUUCCAAUCCGACUUCGUUGCCCUAAGACAUUCGUUAUACGUCCGACCCGACGAUGGAAACGCCUCCCCUCGAAGAGGGCUUUCCGUCAAAAUUGGAUCUGGCGCUGCUCUCGAUUCACCCCAUCCAUCCCCGCAGCUCGAUCGCGAAGCAGCCCCCUCUUACAACCACAGCCCACCUAACACCCAGUCCUCUUCCCCUCCUUCGACCGCGGACAAGAAUGCGCGUCCAUCCGCGGUCGCGUCGGCCUCUACCGCCCCUCCACCCGACCCUGUCAUAGCACCUCGGCCCACGCGCCAAGAUAGCUCGGACAAUCUGAAGAGUUUCAAGGUCAGCUUGGAGGAUCCGACGUGGAAGGUGUUGCCGGCAGCACUCAAGAAAUACCGCAUCAACAACGACAACUGGCAGAACUACGCCAUGUUCAUCUGCUACGGCAGUCCGGGAAAUCGCAUCGAACGCUGUUUGAGCUACGACGAAAAGCCGCUGCUGCUGUUCCAGAAGCUAAAGGACGCGAAGAAGAAUCCAGUGUUCAUGCUCAAACACAUCAAGGAUAUCCGCUCCCCUAUCGCUGUCGCUCAGCAGAAGCACGCCGCGCGCAAGGCUUCAUCGGUCGUAAACGAGUCUACUGGCACGCCUACCACGAACAACGGACCCUCGCAUGCAGGCACUUCGACGCCCACCAAGCAGCCCUCCGUAACCCGCCAUCGCCCGCCAAAGCUGGAGGUGCACGACCUGUCGACACCUCAGCCGCCUCUGACUGGCACGAGCGCUGGCCCGGGUGCCUGGCCAACCGAGGGCGGUGUCUCCCCGAACACUGAGGUCGGCCCACGUCUUAAUGUCACGUCGGACGAUCAGGCGAUCAGCCCUGGUGGCGCUAACACCCCAUCGCUCGGUGGUCGCAGCCCACCAGGAACCUCGGACGGCCAUGCAUCGAGUGGCAGCGCAAGCGGGCGCGAAAUACCUCCUACGUCUUCGCGCGACGUCUCGUACGCCGUCGCCAUCUAUCCAUACAUGGCGGAGCAGGACGACGAGUUUGACGUGGUUGUCGGGGACACGUUCGUUAUUCUCUCUCGUUCUCGUGGCUGGUGGGUCGUCCAGCGUGACCCGACGGGCUCUGGCGCCAUCGACCCGGAUAUCAAGAAGCAAGCCUGGGUGCCAGCCGGCUGCCUCCUGGAGACCAGCGUGCCCGUCGCGUCUGCCAUCGCAGAGGCCACUGCCGCAACGCAGCCAAACGGCAGCUCCCAGCCCUCGACGCCCUCUCGCCAACAACAGCGCACGCCCAUUCUGCCCCUAUCCAUCAUCUCAACAAGCUUCCCCGGCAUCGCGCUCAUGGACUACGCGAAGAAGGGCGAGGAGGAGCUCGAGCUGGCGAAGGACGACGCGCUCCGCGUGUUCAAGCGCUACAACCAUUGGUCGUACGCUGUCAAGGAGGAUACGGGUGACCGCGGUUGGGUGCCCUCGUGGUACAUCGGGAAGGCGGCGACGGCGCCGCAGACUCCUGGUCCGAACACGAGCAACAGCGCGAUACAGCAGCAGCAGACGAUCUCGGUCGAGGAUACGCCGUCGCAGCAGCCGCAGAUAUCACCCAUGUCGAGCGCUUUCCCAGGUCGAUAG